CUUUGUUUUGUUUGUCGUCGUUUUAAAGUCAUGGAUGCAUCUAAUUAUUCCCUUAAAGUGAAUAGGGACUUGCUUAACCCCAGCUUUGAGAGUUACCGGUUGUCUCUGGACGCCAUACCAAAGUAUAACGUGGAGCUGGAUGCAGCUCCUACUGUCAACUGCAGAUGUCACAAGUUACUUGUGGUGCCAUCAUCUGACAAGCAGCUGAUCCAGUGAUCCAGCCACUGUGGAGGAGAUGAAGUUGAAGGAGAGCCAGUACACGCUGGAUCACAUGCGAGCCUUCGGCAUGUACAACUACCUGCACUUGGACCAGUGGUACGAAGACAGCGUUCUGUUUGUGGACUGUAAAGGUCGAGUGCUCAGUCUCACAGUCACUCUGGACACUGCGUUGGGAAAGCCCUGGGAGGUUUACAGAAUAGAGGGCGACUCGUGGCAGCGUGAGGACCGUCUCUGCGCCUCCCUGAGCCUCACCUCAGCCACCUGGGCUGCUCUCUCCGACGGCAGCGGGAGACUUUACCUGCUGCGCACCGGCAAGAGAGCAGACAGUUCUCAUCUGAAGUGGGAGGCGCUGUUCAUUGAAGACGUGGGGGACCCCUUCAUCAUCCUCCACAGCGUCUCGCAUGUUCAGGAUGGGGUCCACACCUUGGAGGUUCUGCUGCUACGGAUCCAGAAAGAUCAGCAGGAAACCAAAGGCAGUGAAUUCUCCACCUCUCUGGAGUGGAUCACGGUUUCAAACGUGGCCGGAAAAGGUCCAGAUAAGAAGUACGAGGUGAAGACGAGGAGGGUGCUGAAGGGGAAGACGGUCCCUAACUACGCAGCCAUCGAGCCUCAAGGGAAGGGGCUGAUGGUGGCUGCAGAAAAGCCAUUUGUCUUCACCCACGUCGAUGGUCAGCCUGUGGAGGCGCCCGAGCAAGAACCCAUGGAGGUGGAAACCACAGAACCCAUUUACUUCUGGCAGCAGACAACAGACGACAUCACAAUGAUCGUCCGCAUGCCGGAAGGUGUCACCAAAGAAACUGUCCACUUCAGUCUCACGAGAGAUGACAUCAGCAUCGGAGUGAAGGGUUCCGAUCCGUUCCUGGAAGGGCAGCUGUUUGCAUCAGUCGACCCCGAGGCCAGCGCUUGGAUCAUCAAGAACGACAAGAGCCUGGAGGUGACCCUGCAGAAGCAGGUCGUCGAUGGAUCCAUGUGGCCGGAGUUGGUGAUGGGCAACAGCAGAGGAAAGUACAUGCUGAGCGACGAGCAAGUGGCUAAAAUCCACGAGAGACUGACGCACCUAACGUCCGAGGACAUGAACGCCGACCCGGCCAGGGACAUGCCCCCUUGCAACUCACAGGAGCUGGAGGACUGCGACCAGUUCCCGGAGGAAGGUUCCAAUCUGACGUACUUCGACGGCCAGUCGCUGAAGCCCACUCAUGUGGUGAACCUGGGCAUCCACCAGUACCUGUUCACGGUGGACGUCAACCCGUCGGAGAUGCCGUGCCUCUGCCUCAGACACGACGUGGACGCCCUGCUGUGGCAGCCCCGUCCGGAUCGACCCGACGACAUGUGGGAGCACAUCGCCACCUUCAACGCUCUCGGUUACGUCCAGGCGUCCAAACGGGAUAAAAAGUUCCUGACCUGCGCGCCAAACUUCUCCUACGCAUCUCUGUGCGAAUGUCUGCGACGUUCCUUCAUCUACCGGCAGCCGCAAACCCUCGACACCGUGCUCUUCAACAGGAAGCAGGGCCGCCAGGUCGGGCAGGUCGCCAAGCAACAAGUGGACAGUCUGGACGUCGACAAACCCAUCCUGGGAUUCCGGGCCACCAAUGAGAGACUGUACAUCCUGACCUGCAGUAACCUCUAUGUUUUGAAGGUCAACAACGAUUAAGGAUUGUGGCAGACUUUCAUUCCUCUCCCUCACAACCUCUCGAUCCCAUGUAUGGAACAGAAAUGAUAAACUGUUCUGAACCGAAGAUGUCUCUCUUGUUUGUGCUCUAUCCUGAUGUUGUGGACUGAAUUCAAUUUUAUCAGUAAGUAACAUACAGUUUAUUGCCAUAGAGUCACCUACGACAGUAGAUGGUUCUUAGCCGUGUCUGUCAGAAUAACUACGAAAGUGUAUUAUAUGAGAUCUGCCGCCACGCCUUCAGAAAAAUGAUCUCUUUGUAAAGAUGAAAUCUCAAGUGAUAAAACGAAUUGAAACAAAGUGGAAACAUUGAAACAAACUGAUCAUGGAGGUGGACUUCAACAUGAGUAUUCGUUGCUCAAGUCACACAUUCCGACCGUACAUGUAAAGCGACAGACCACUGCUGACUGGACAGAGAGUUUCUUCUCAUGAUUAAAAACAUCUUCAUUUUCAUUGUCACCA